GAAUUUUAGAAAAUGAAUCAGAGGCAGAAUAAUUAAAGUUGGAGAGGGACCAUCUUGAGCUGGGGAUGGAUGGCUGGAGCGUGGCUCUGGGGUGCUGCGUGUUCCUCCCCAGCCGUGGGGAGACAGAUGUGAAGGAUUGGCCAGCACGGAGAGCACUGAGGCUGUUCUGUGAACACAGCAGCCUUGCAAAGCUGAGCUCAGGAGGGACCACACUGCUGGCUGUGAGUGGCUGUGACUGCAGGCAGCUGAGAGCAGUGACACCACCACACACUGCUCCCAUCUCUGCUGCAGGGGAGGGCAGCAGGGCUCCAGAGGCUGGGGAACAGCUCCUGCCCUUCCUCUUCCCUGCUCACCUCCUUUGGAUGAGACCUGGGCAGGAAUAUUUGCUUGGCUACAGGGUGAAGAGCAUGGGAAGGUGAUUUGAAGACAAGGAACUGCCUGUGGGUGCCUAAACCUGAUAUUCUCAGCACCCAGACUUGAUAUUCUGAAUACCUAAGCCUGAUCUGAUGAAUACCUAAGCCUGACAUCCUGAACAUCUAAGUCUGAUAUUCUGAAUAUCUAAGCCUGAUCUGAUGAACACCUAAGCCUGACAUCUUGAACAUCCAAGCCUGAUAUUCUGAAUACCUGAGCUUGAUAUCCUGAACCUAAGCCUGACACCCUGAGCACCCAGCUGGGCUCGAAGGUGGAGGGGGAUACCAAAGCCCACUGAGCAGCCCAUCACAGCCACCACAGCAACCCUUUGGAACCUCUUGGGAUCGUAAUCCUGGGGAAAAACAGCAGCAAAUUCCGUAGGACUCUGGAUUCUAAACCAAAACAAAAAUUACUGCCAAACUUCCAGCAGAUCUACGUUGGGACUGAGGCUGGGAAAAGCAUCUGAAGGAAGCCAGCUGUGCUGAGCAGGGGAGCUGGGAGCCCAAGGAGAGCUUUCCUUGCUUGCUCCAUGAUGAUCUCUGCUUAGGGGCUCCUGGAAGAGGCAGAAGAAGCCUUUGCGAGCUCCUUCCCAUCUCUGUUAGACCAAAAGCAAGGAAAUAUUUUUGGCUAAGAGCGUGGGUUGGUGUUGGUAGAUCUUCUUGAAGGAUGUCUGGCCAGGAGCCUGAGGACUUUGGAACAGAAGUGCUGUCGGAAAAGUCGCGGAUGAUGCCUGGGCUCCCCCCGUACGACAUGGACGAGCGGCUCCUUCCCGGGGAGCCCCGCAGCCCCGGCUGCUGCCUGGCCUGGGCCCUGCUGAUAGGAGCCACCAACUCCCUGGUCUUCCUCCUCAAUUUGCUCCUGAUGUUUGUGAUUUUCACCGUCGUGCUGCUUCCUACCAUCGUGGUGGUUUACUUUGGCUUCCAGUGCCACUCCCAGGUGCUGCACUCCUCUGCCCGCUACUGCAAGAGCAUCCUGGACGACAACAGCUCCUCUGCCCUCAUCAUCCUGGGCUUUGUCAUCAUGUCCCCACUGCUGGUGGUGGCCAUGGCCAUUUACUGCAGCCUGGCACGGCGCCUGCAGCUCCUGGUGUGCUUCCAGCCCUACAGCCUGGCCCUGUACAAGGGGGGCCGCUGGUGUGGCCGCGGGCAGGGGGCUCCGUGCUGUGCCAGGGGCUGCAGCACCCAGCUCAAGGCCUGGGUGUGAGCCUGCAGCACCAGCAGUGUCCCCUCCCUGUGCCUGUCCUCAUCCUCAGCCCUCCCCGCAGAGCUGCCACUGCUCAGCCAGGUCACGCUGUGGUUUAUUCCAAAAAAUCUGCAAUGGAGUGAAAACACGGCAUGGGACAGGAGGAGGGAGAGCAGGACAGCUUCAUCCUUCCAAAUCCUUCCAUCCUUCCAAAUCACCCUGUGGUUUAUCCCAAAAAUCUGCAGUGGAGUGAAAACAUGGCAUGGGACAGGUGUAGGGAGAGCAGGACAGCUUCAUCCUUCCAAAUCACCACGUGGUUUAUCCCAAAAAUCUGCAAAGGAAACACAUGUGGGACAGGUAUAAGGAGAGCAGGGCAGCUUCAUCCUUCCAAAUCCUUCCAUCCUUCCAAAUCACCCUGUGGUUUAUCCCAAAAAUCUGCGGUGGAGUGAAAACACAGCAUGGGACAGGUGUAGGGAGAGCAGGACAGCUUCAUCCUUCCAAAUCCCCUCUGGUGUUGUUUGUUGGUGUUGUUUGUUGGUGUUGUUUGUUGGUGUUGUUUGUUGGUGUUGUUCCUGCUCAUCACUGGCUGCUGUCCCUCCCCUUUAGAACCAUUUUGUCUGCCCUUUGGAACCAUUCCCAGUUUUCUGGAGAAAUAAAGUUUGUGCCCAGUCCCCCCUGGAGGAGUUUGCUCCAUCUCAAAGCCAUGGCUGCAGCAGAACCACCUCUUGUUCUCCACUUGGUAGCACUGUAAGGUAAAAUGGAAUUUUUGUUCCCUUCCUGAGGAUUGAUUUUUCCUGCUAUUUGCCCUGUGUGGCCCUGAUACCACCCAGAGCAAUAACCAGGGGUGGCUGCCGGGGGAAGUGAACUGGAGGGGAAAAAAAUAAAAAGGAGGAAAAAUGAGUUGACAUUUUUUGACAAGACUGAAGAAAAGCACGAAAGUUCUGCUCCAGACAGGAAGAUCGUGCUGGAGGAUAACCAGGUUUUGCCUGAGGGCAGUGUCUGCUCACUGGGUACAGAUAUUUGAUACAAGCUGCUGUUCCUUUUGCUCACCUGUUGUUUCAUCCAACUGCUUUUAAAAGGAAAACACUCUUCAGCCUGGCAGGGAUUGUAAUGAACCCUCCCCGCUGCUGUCCCUGCAAAGAAACCCAGAGUUAUUUGCUACAGCCUCCCCAAUAAAGCAAACUUGCAUUUCA